AAAACUAUGCGCGUGUGUGCUUGUGUGUGUGUGAGUGAAAUUCCAACAAUGCGCAGGGAGCGAGCUGGCUGAAAUUUCUUUAUGCAAAGCGUACGCAACAAAAAAAGAGAAGAAAGAAGAAGCAAAGCUAAAGCCAGGGAAAAUUAGUUGCAUGUGUGUGUUGGUGUUUUGUGGCGGCGGCUGCUAAAUAAAAACUUUAAUACAAACACAAGAAAAAGGUCUAAAGUUCAGCACACAAGACAUAUCACCAAGAACACAACUGAUUGGCAUGCCGUAGAAGCUGCACCAAGAGAAGCAGCGCCUUAAUGGAUCCAUAUCAUCAUAUCAGACAUCAUUAUCCACCCAGUAGCACAGCCGGGCCAACGUUGCUCGGCGGCAACGGCAGCAGCAGCAACAACAACAACGGCAGCACCACAGCAAGCACAGCGGCAAUCAAUCGACCGGAAUUGCAUCAAAAAUGCAAUCGAGGAUCGCACUCAAGUGACACAAGUUCAGCGUACAGCGGCAGCGAUACAAUGGCCUCUGUAUAUGGUUCAUCGCUGGAGGCCGAGGAGAUUGAUCUCUCCGGCCUCGUUGAGUCCGUGGUGGACUCCGAUGAAGAGGAUCUUGCCGAGAGCAUGGAUAGUCUCAAUGUACGCGACGCUGUAAGAGAUUGUUUGGAGAAGGAUCCAUCGGAGCGCAGCGAGGAUGAUGUGGAAAUACUGCUGGAAUUCACGCAAGGCCUCAAGGCAUUCACCAACAUUACGUUGGCCGUGCGUCGUGCCCUCUGUUCUGUGAUGGUGUUUGCUGUCGUGGACAAAGCGGGCACCGUUGUCAUGUCCGAUGGCGAAGAGUUGGAUUCGUGGUCGGUGCUCAUUAAUGGUGCCGUGGAGAUUGAGCAUGCGAAUGGCACACGCGAAGAGCUGCAAAUGGGCGAUUCAUUUGGCAUAUUGCCCACCAUGGAUAAGCUGUAUCAUCGUGGUGUGAUGCGCACCAAGUGCGACGAUUGCCAAUUUGUGUGCAUUACUCAAACGGAUUACUAUCGCAUUCAGCAUCAGGGCGAAGAGAAUACACGACGGCACGAAGACGACAAUGGUCGUAUUGUUAUGGUCACCGAACUACGUUCGAUUGGCGGCAGCGGUGCGGAGAGUCACACAGCUGCCACAACUGGGGCAACAGCCCCAGCGAAUUUGAAUACAAAGCGUGGUCACGUUGUGAUUCGUGGCACGCCGGAUCGACUUUUGCAGCAGCUCGUGGAGGAGAAUUCUAUGACGGAUCCCACGUAUGUGGAGGACUUUCUGCUCACGCAUCGCAUCUUCAUACAGAAUCCCCAGGAGGUGACCAGCAAAUUGCUGCAUUGGUUCGAUCUGGAGCAGCUGGACACGCACAAGACGCAGGAGUUGCGAGAUCGCGUCACACGCGUCGUUUUGUUGUGGGUCAACAAUCAUUUCACCGACUUUGAGGCGGAUCACGAGAUGAUGGAGUUUCUGGAGAUCUUUGAGGCCGGUCUAGAGCGCAAGAAGCUACUCAGCCAGCUGCGUUUGUUGCACAUUGCGUGUGCCGCCAAAGCGCGCAUGCGCAGUUGCAUCUUGACACGUUCCUCGCGCGAUGAAGCCCUCAACUUUCAAAUCAUUGGUGGAUACGAGUUGCGUGGUGUUGCCGCAGCCACUGGAAAUGCCUCGGUGGGCAUUUAUAUAUCGCACGUGGAGGCAGGCUCAAAGGCUCAGGAUGUGGGCCUCAAACGUGGCGAUCAAAUCCAUGAAGUCAACGGCCAGUCGCUGGAUCAUGUGACCAGCAAGCGUGCACUGGAGCUGCUAACGGGCACCACGCAUCUGAGCAUACAGGUGAAGAGCAAUCUGCUGGGCUUUAAGGAGAUUAUGCAGGCGCUGGAGCAUGGCAGCGGCAGCAGUGCUGGAGGCGGUGGCAUCAGCUCAACUGGCAGCGGCAGCUUCAAAAGCUUGCGCAGUCCCCGACGCAUUUGCGCCAACGAUAUUGCCAAGCUGCACGGACGCAGUGAUAGCACCACCGAGGAGCUGAGCAAUCGGGCGCACAUGGUGCGUUUGAGUUCGGUGGACAUGCUGCUUGAUCAGCCCGAUUGUGCGCCGCCACAGACGCCGCCAGUUGGCGGUGGCAGCAGCGGAGGAGGCAACUUGGCGUCGAAUUUCAUGCAACAACUGCUGCAGAGCGUCAACUCGAAUUCGGCCAAGAAGUGCACCGCAGAGGAUGGGAAACCAGGAGGCUUUAUGACGCUGGCGCCGAAGCGGCGACUGCAAAAGGCUUUGGCCAAAAUGAAACUACUCAAUAAUCAGCAGCAGCAGCAACCGCAUGCGACGGGAAGCGGCCUCAACGACAGCUCCGACACGCUGCUCAAUGAGCCACAAUGCAAAGCCAAGCUCUCCGCUGCCAGCUCCGGCAGCAGCAGCUGCAACUCCACCUCGAAUGGCAACUGCAACAGUGCAGGUCGCUUAUAUCAGUCACAAUCGAAUCCCGAUCUGAGCAGUCUCAACUAUGACAACGGCAGUGAACCCAGCGCCACGUUGCAAGUGAACUAUUUGCAGGCGAAUCUGCAUCGUCCGUCGGCGGCCAGCACAUUGACAGCCAGCUCGAUGUUGCCUCCGGAUUAUCCUGAGCAUGUGCUCAAGGUUUACAAGUCGGAUCAGACCUGCAAGUACGUGCUCAUCUACAAGGAGACGACGGCACACGAGGUGGUGAUGUUGACGCUACAGGAGUUUGGCAUACACGAUCCCAGCUCCAACUUCUCGCUGUGCGAAGUCAGCGUGGGCGAAGGCGGCAUGGUGAAGCAGCGUCGUCUGCCCGAUCAGCUGCAGAAUCUGGCCGAACGCAUUAGCUUUGCAGCCCGCUACUAUCUCAAGCUGAACGACAGCACGGAGCCGCUGGUGCCGGAUGAAUUGGCGCUGGAAUUGGUGCGUGAAUCUGGUGUGCACUUUUUGCAAUUAAAUGCCUAUGAGUUGGCCAUUCAGUUGACGCUGCAGGACUUUGCCAACUUCCGGCAAAUCGAGUCCACCGAGUACAUUGAUGAGCUCUUCGAGCUGCAGUCCAAAUAUGGCGUGCCCAUGCUCAGUAAAUUCUCGGAGCUGGUGAAUCGCGAGAUGUUCUGGGUGGUCAGCGAGAUUUGUGCCGAGCACAAUAUUGUGCGACGCAUGAAGAUCGUCAAGCAAUUCAUCAAGAUAGCGCGACACUGCAAGGAAUGCCGUAAUUUCAACUCCAUGUUUGCCAUCAUCUCCGGUUUGGGACACGGCGCCGUCUCGCGGCUGCGUCUGACCUGGGAGAAGCUGCCGUCGAAGUAUCAACGCUUGUUCAAUGAUCUACAGGAUCUUAUGGAUCCGUCUCGCAACAUGUCCAAGUACAGGCAACUAGUAUCCGCUGAACUGAUUGCCCAGCAUCCCAUCAUCCCAUUCUAUCCGAUUGUCAAGAAGGAUCUGACCUUUAUCCAUCUCGGCAACGAUACCCGUGUCGAUGGUUUGAUUAACUUCGAGAAGCUGCGCAUGCUCUCCAAGGAGGUGCGACUGCUGACGCACAUGUGCAGUUCACCCUACGAUCUGUUGGCCAUACUCGAGCUCAAGGGUCAGACGCCCUCGAAUGCGCUCUUCUCCCUCAACCAGAUGUCCGCAUCGCAGAGCAACGCGGCUGCCGGCACUGUGAUUGCCGCCAACGCGGGGCAGGCGACGAUAAAGCGUCGCAAGAAGUCCACGGCGGCACCGAAUCCCAAGAAAAUGUUCGAGGAAGCGCAAAUGGUGCGUCGGGUGAAGGCAUAUUUGAACAGUCUUAAAAUACUCAGCGACGAGGAUCUGCUGCACAAACUAUCACUCGAAUGCGAGCCACCACAUGGCUCCACCUACUCGGGCAGCAUUUCGCAUGGCAACAGCUCGCAUCGCAGUGCCGGUAGUGGCAGCAUUGGCGGCGGAGGCAGUGGACAAGGCACUGGCAGCAUUCACAAUGCUGGCGGCGAUCAGCUGAGCAUUUACUCGCACACCAGCUCCAGCUCGGCACCAAACUCAUCGCUUUCGCUGCGUAAACGCCAUCCCAGCUCACCGACCCUUUCCACCACCAGCUCGACGAGCUCCACCAGCGAUCAUCAGCGUCGUCAGCAACUCCACAACAAUGGUCCCAAGUUUGGCACUGCUUCGCCGCAGGCAGUCAAGAAGAUGCUAUCGCUAUCCGAAUCCUCGAAGAUUCGACCGCAUCAACCGUUUGUGCCGCGUCACAGCUCAGCUUUGCCGGGCGUCAUUCCGCCGCUGCAUCAUCUGCAUGCCGCUCAUGGCUUCAGUACGCCGUCUGGUCCUGGAGGCGUCACAGCGGCGUCUGCCGCGGCUGGCGUCGUCAAUGCACAGUGCACUCCCAGUCCCAGUCCGUGUGCUCACCGUCGUCUGGCAUCAGGAGGCAACAUAAUGCCCACUCGGGCGAUACACGAGCGUUCACAUUCGGACACCCCCGCCCCGCCGCCACUGCCCUCGGUGGAUCUGUCGCUGGAGAGCAGCAGUGUGACAACCUUCCGUGAUUUACCGCUGCGCAAAUCCGUGACUUCCGGUUCGGUUUCAUCGUGCGACAGUGGGCAUGGCUCCUACGCCCAGCAGCAGCAGCACCAUCUCUUGACAUACCAACAACAGCAGCAGCAACAACAGCCACACAAUGAACCAUCGCCGCCGGUUUACACGGCUGCCGAUUGUCGCCUGUUGCAGCAGAUAUCAAACAAUGCGGUGACACGGAAUUUAAACAGUCCCUGUCAGAGCACAAGCACACCACCCAGCACACCCACACCACCACCUCAAACACCAGCAACAACAAUAACGAGCACCCAACAACAACAGCAACAACAACAACUGCAAGCAGCAUCACAGCUACCCGCACCGCCUGCGUCUUAUUUGCAUAUGCGCAGCCAUCAGCAACUGCAGCAAAUACAACAGCAAUUGGCAAUGCCACCGCCACCGCCGCCCGUCUACACCGCCAGCAGCCUGUAUAGUCAUCAUCAUAACAAUGCUGCCGCCAACAGGCAUCUCAAUCACAUGCAUGGUGGCCCGCCAAAUUUUAUGGAUAGCACCAAGUGUACCAUAUGCCCUAUGCCACCCAUGAAUCAAUAAAUCAAACUGUGCUGUUUUAACUACUAAAUGUUAAUUUAAUUAGUUCAUAUAUAGAUGCCAAAAUUUGUUAAUGGUUGUGGUUUCCAUGUCGCCAGCAAAACACACAUAUAUAUUUCAUGUAUAUAUAUAUGUAGAUAUACUCUACAAAAUAAUGAGAGAGGCACAUACCAUCGUCAUCGAGAAGAUGUUGCUGCCCCACCCACCCAUUCACACAUAUACAAGACACACGCAUACAUGUUCAUAUCCCAUCAUAAGUAUUCUAUCUAUCAGCUUCUCCCCAUUGUCACGUAUUCUUAGAUUAAGUGCAUAAAGUUUAGUUUACGUUUUGUUUUAAGUGGCCUACGAUUAAUUUUAAUUUAGCACAAUUCUUUGUAAACAUUUUCACUUUCUUCUUCAUACAACAAAAAACAAAAAAAAAACUUUAAACAAAGUUGUUGCCUUCUCAAAUGCAUAAAAAGAAACGUCUGCAGGCAGACCAAAACCAGCAGACUCAAUCAAAAAAAAAAAACAAAAAGAAUUUGCAAUCAAAAACUCUUUUGAAGACUUUUAGUCGGCAUUUAAAAACUAAAACAAAAAGACAAUUUCAAUAUUUUGCCCAGCACAACAACAAAAAAUAAAAGAAAAAAGCAAAAAAAAAAAAAAAAAAAUAAACAAGAUCGAGCUGAGAGCGACUCACUCACUCGCUUGUAUUCCAUUUAUGUAUACUUUAGCUCUAUGUACAAGUUAGUUUUAUAUAUAAAUCUAAAUAUAUAUAUAUAUAUAUGUAUUAUGUAUCUUUCUAUAUAUGUAUACAUAUGCAAAGUAAUGAAAAACCUUCGCUCCAAUUCCAAAUAUUUAGUUCAUAAGCUGAGAGAUUUUCCGAAUAUUUUCCAUGAGUUGAAUUUAUAUAAUUUAUAUUCAACACCACGAACACAAUGAAAAGACAAAUGCAAUUUAUGUAAAACAAGAAAGACAAGAACAACUCGAAUGAAAGUACAAGAAAAUCGAAACCAACCAGAAAAAAAAAAACAAAACAAAAGACAACCUAAAAACCUGAGACUCGAAAUAAUAAGAAUAAUAAUUUUUUGUAAACAUAUUUUCCUCACACUUGAAGGACUCCAAUAUUUUUGUGUGUGUGUAAAUUAUGCAAUUGCCUGUUAUAUACAUAUAAAUAUACAUUAUAUAUAUAUACAUACGACUAUAUACAAGAAAUCUCUAUAUAUACAUACAUAUAUACAUUGCCUAUAUACAAACCUGAACAAAGUGCAGCCCAAUUAGCCUAAUUUGUUGGAUGCAACAUGAAAAUAUUUAAAGAACAAGAAAAAAAAAAACAAAAAAAAAGAAUCAAAUUGCUAAAUGUUUAAU